CCGCAUAAAACACACAGGAGUGUUUUACAUCUGAAGAAACGUUUUAGCGUACAGAACUUCGGCGGGGGCUAUUCCUGACAGAAAAAGAAAGAAAUGUCCGGCUUAAGGCGAGAGCAACCCACAGCUUCCCCAACCAAGUUAAGAACGAAUAACCUUGAAUACUCCCAGACAAUGUCAGCUUCUACGGCGUGGAAGAGGACAGCUCAUCAGGAGUCGUGCUUCACUGAUGUCCAAGAAAGCCUCGCUCCUUCCUGCAUAGCUAGAAGAAAUGUAGCAGCCACUGCCGCUGCUGCUGCAGCUGCCGCCGCCGCCGCCGCCGCUGCUGCUGCUGCUGCUGCUGCUGCUGCCUCAAGGCCUACAAUACCAGUGAGUGGAACUCAAUGCGGCAGAAUCAGUGAUCAAAACAUCAGAGUUUGGUAA